AAGUGGCCAAACUAGAAUCUAGAAUUUAUAAAGUACAUAUAGUUAGACAGUAGUCUAUCGCCGAUACUGAACAACCAAAUUGCCAAUUUCUGCUCCAGAGUAAAAUUGGCAAAAAUUGGUCUGUACUUGUGUAGGCGGGACUGACAUGCAUGUGCACGUGUGUGUGCGCGCAUGCGCAGAAGAAUAGCACUAACCUAACGCUUGUCACUUUAUCAAGUGACAACAAGAGUCAAUUAAGAAGAUCCUCAUUCCUCUCCCUCCUUCAUCUGCCUUCGCGCUCAGUCUCUUAGUAAGUUUGAUCUCACGUCAUCAUAUCAAGGAGUUGUGAUGGAUUCUGUUCCAUUCUUACAUGUGGAAUAUCUCGUUAAGACAGGGUUGACAUAUGAUGAAGUUAGCAAGGAGUUGGAGAGAGUUUACCCUGGAGUUAGUGGAUUGUCUCCUCGUAGCGUGAGAAGAUAUUGUAAGGUUAAUGGUAUCUCUCAUUUGAAUGAAAGGGAAAUCGAAUCUUUAGCUACAGAAGCAAUAAUGGAGGUGGGGGCAUCCUAUGGCAGAAGACUCAUGAGAGGAUAUCUAUUGUCUAAAGGAUUUAGGAUUUCUGAAAGAAACAUAUCUUCUGCAUUGAAAGUAGUGGAUCCCAUUUCAUAUGAAGAACGUCGUAAUAAUUCACUGGAUCGCACAAACCCAAUUCCUUAUCGGCCAAGGUAUUACGGGCACAAGCUUCACGUAGAUCAAAACGAGAAACUGAUUCUAUUCGGGGUUACAUUAGUCAUGGCAAGAGACGGCUUUUCGGGGAAAAUAAUCUCUUACGGUGUCAUGCCUAUUAAGAAUAAUAUUGCUAUAUAUGAUCUUAUUUACAGGAAAGCAUUGCAAGACUAUGGCCUAUGGGACCAAAUUAGGGUAGACUGUGGAAGAGAGUUUUACCUCAUGUUGUUUAUACAAGAAAUUUUACGUCAAUACUAUGGUUCUUCUGAUGUAUGCCCUUAUGUACAAUCAACAUCUACAGAAAACAUGCCCAUUGAACGGAUUUGGUCUGAAGUAAACCUAAGAGUAAAUUAUCCGGUGAAAAGGAAAUUAAUUUCCUUAGUAGAUGAUGGGUAUCUAGAUAUGGGAGAUGAAACCACCAAGUUUUGUGUAUCGUUUAUUACAUGCAGAGUGGUUCAUGCUGGCAUUGAAAGAUUUGUGGAUGCAUGGAACGAACACUCUAUUCCCAGAUUAGGAGUUCCAAAUGAAAUAGCUGAAUAUGAUGAUUAUAUUACUGUUCUACCUCAAGAUCAAAUCCCAAGUGUAGAAGAUGCAACUGAAUACUACGAGUCUCAAGGAGGCCAUUUACGUAUUCAGAGUAACUUUGGAGUAGAUCCAUUAGCAGCAAGGCUUGACCUUAUUUUGCUACGGGAUCAAUUGUUGUUUAAUAGAUUACCAAGUAAUGCUGAUAUGUUUAGUGAUGUCGUCUCUGGAAAUGGCUAUUUGUUACAAACAGCAAUUUUAGAGUGUAUAGAAGUGACUAAUCGUUUUACUUUACUUAUUUGACAUUAAAAUUCCUUAUUUGAAGGAAUGAAUUGAGAAAAAUUGUGUGAACAAAAUCAA